CCGGUCUUCUGCAACCCGGAAAUAUCAGUCUCGCCAGAUGUUCAGCUCAAGCGACUAACAAAGAACUUUCGUUCAGAAUAUCAAAAACAUCUAUGUACGUCUUCCUCGCACCAUCCAAAUGAGUUUUCGCGCCAAAUUUGUCCCCCAUGCCAGUAGCCAGCUCCGGCGACCUCAAAACCUAAUAAGCCGUCUCUUGUUCCUUCUCGAACGCUGCAAAUCGUCCAGAUCAGUGCAGCAGGUUCACGCCCAGAUGCUCGUUCGCUCCAUAGCGAUGCCCAUGCCCAAUUACAUCCUCGCCAAACUAAUCGACCUCAAGGACUUCAGCUACUCCACUCUUUUCUUUCCCCAAAUCCCCCUCAACAGCUACGCCUUCAACGUGAUGAUCAGGGGGUUGGUCACUGCGUGGCAGAAAUUCGACCUUGCCUUACAAUUACUCAUCGAGAUGAAAUCGCUUGGCGUGAAUCCGGACAAUUUCACGUACCCGUUCAUCUUCAAGUCCUGUGGGAACAUUUCAGCCCUGAGAAUGGGGGAAACUGUCCAUUCCGAGGUUGUGAAAUCUGGGCUGCGAGCGGAUUUCCACGUGGUUCAUUCUUUGAUCACGAUGUACUCGCGCUGCAGAGAGAUGGAUUGUGCUCGGAACCUGUUCUAUGAAAUGACUGAUCGGGAUAUGGUUUCAUGGAACUCGAUAAUAUCGGGAUACUCGAGGUUAGGGUUUGCACGGAAGGCGGUCGAAAUGUUUGGAGAGAUGAGGAAUGAUGGAUUUGAACCCGAUGAGAUGACGCUCGUGAGCGUGCUUGCUGCCUGUGGUGAUUUGGGGGACCUCAGCCUGGGAAGAUGGAUUGAGGGGUAUGUUGUUGAGAAACGGUUGGAGUAUAAUUCAUAUAUUGGUUCUGCUUUGAUUAAUAUGUACGGGAAAUGUGGGGAACUCGAGUCUGCACGAAGGGUUUUUGAUAGCAUGAAAAGGAAAGAGCUAGUCAUUUGGAAUUCCCUAAUUACUGGAUACUCACAAAAUGGACAGACAGAUGAAACUCUGAAAUUAUUCAAUGACAUGAUGGAGACGGGACCUGAACCUAAUGAAGUCACACUGAUUGCGGUUCUAGCUGCUUGUGCGUCAGUUGGAGCUCUUGAUACUGGGAAAUGGAUCGAUGAAUAUGCGUCCAAAAGAAGGUUGCAGUGUAACAUUUAUGUAGCUACUGCUCUAGUUGACAUGUAUUCGAAAUGUGGGAAUUUGGAAUACGCGUCACGCGUAUUUGAAAGUAUGCCUCUUCGAAACCAUGUUUCUUGGAAUGCAAUGAUAUCUGGACUUGCUUUUCACGGGAAUGCACAGAAAUCGCUCGCCUUAUUUCAACGCAUGUUGGAUGAGGAAAAGGUUUUGUGUCCAGAUGAUAUCACUUUUGUCGGGAUUCUUUCUGCAUGUGUUCAUGCAGGUUUGGUCGAUGAAGGUUGUAGAUUGUUUAAUAUGAUGAGCUUAUCUUUCGGGCUAACUCCAAAAGUCGCGCACUACUCUUGCAUGAAAAUGCCACAGAAACCGGACGAGAUUUUAUUAGGGGCUUUGCUGGGUGCCUGCCAGAAGCUAAAAAACGUGGAUAUUGGUGAAAAGGCCAUGGAACUUCUGUUAGAAUUGGAACCUUCAAAUUCUGGCAACUAUAUUAUCUCGUCAAAAAUAUAUGCUGAUAUGAGGAGGUGGGACGAUUGUGCUAGAAUGAGAUUGUUAAUGAAACAGAAGGGUGUAACUAAGACCCCGGGAUGUAGCUGGAUCGAGAUGGAUGGACAUCUUCAUGAAUUUCAUGCAGGUUGUUUGUUAGUUGAAGAUGGAGAUGAGAUUCACAAGAUUCUUGACUUGGUCUUACGCUUGUAUUCUAAACCCAUAUGGCUGCAGUUUUCAACCCUGAAUGAAUAUUAGUGACGUUAGAACUUGAUGAUUUUGGGAGUGCUUGUUCAAGCAUCCAUUGAGCCUGCACCUGAGAGUUUUCAUCUCGGGUAACAAUUUCUGAAUAUGUAUGUGUUCUCUUUUCCAUGUUCAAUAUUGUUGUGCACAUAUGCUGCUGUGAUCUCACAACUGUAUAUUUAAUAUUUAUAGAUCUAUAAUUGUCAACUUAUCGUUCUCACAAUAAUUGUGUUAUUUGAACUUUAACAUAUCAACUUGAAAUAUUAAGAUUUGAUUUUCAACAUUUGAGGAAAUAUGAAAAUUCAAUUUUCAACUUUUGACUUGGAAAUGUAGUUACAGAAUAUUUCACAUAAAUAUGCACCCAUACACCUGAACCAACGACAAAAAUCUUAGGACGCUUCUAGGGUCAAAGUACUUUGUGAAGAAAACUUGUUACUGCAGUUAUGAAGAAUAUGCAGACAAUCUCUCAUGGAUGGUCGAUUGGAAGGUGAUGUGGCAGUACAGACAACUCCUAAUCGGAAAACGGUGAUUAUUUGAUCCAAAUACAUGGUUCCUUGAUCUCCUCAUCCAAUGCGUAAAAAAGGGCAUCCGUGUCCCUGAAUUGUUGUAGUGCCCAUCCAGCUAGAUUUGUAUGUUCUCCUCGAGUAACUGCCUUUCUCCCUGUAGUCAGUUCAAGUAGAACUACCCCAAAGCUAUAAACAUCGCUCUUUGUGUUCACUUUACUCGUGUAGGCAUACUCUGGGGCAAUGUAGCCAAAAAUUCCAGCUACAGCAGAUGCUGUCUCUGUAUCUCCAUGCCCAUUUAGCAACUUAGCUAGACCAAAAUCUGCUAUUUUAGCAUUGAAUUCAGUGUCCAAUAGUAUAUUGCUCGAUUUAAUGUCUCGGUGGAUUACAGGUGGAGAACAAUCAUGGUGCAUGUAGCAAAGGCCUUGGGCUGCACCUAUCGCAAUAUUCAACCUCAUUGGCCAAUCCAGUUUUGUGAUUGAACUAUUAUUAUCACCAUCUGACGAUACUAAUUCCCUCUUGUUGUCAUGCAGCCACUGAUCAAGGCUCAUAUUCUCGAAAUAUUGGUACAUGAGAAGCUUCAUGUUGUUGUUUGACAUACAACAAAAGAGCUUUACUAUAUUGUAAUGCCUGAUAGUCCCCAGUGUCUCAAUCUCGGCCAUAAAUUCCUUCUCAAGCCGGUGGUUAGAUUUUGUCGAAUUCGAUAUGCUUUUGACAGCAUACAUGCUUCCUGUUUGGUUGAUAUAAACUCGGUACACUUUUCCUGAGCCUCCAUUUCCUAUGAGAUUUCCGUCUGUCAAGCUCGUUA